AUGGUUCAAGCCGAAUCCUCAGCCAGUGCUUCCCGCAAUGGCCUCAAGGCGCAGACGGCCGGGGCCCCUCCCGAUUAUGAACUGCCGUGGGUGGAGAAAUAUCGACCGGUCUUUCUCGAUGAUAUCGUCGGAAACACGGAAACUGUCGAGCGUCUAAAAAUCAUCGCCAAGGAUGGAAAUAUGCCGCAUGUUAUCAUCUCGGGCAUGCCCGGUAUUGGAAAGACAACCUCGAUUUUGUGCUUGGCGAGACAGCUACUGGGAGAUGCAUACAAGGAGGCAGUUCUAGAGCUCAAUGCCAGUGAUGAGAGAGGUAUCGAUGUCGUACGGAAUCGAAUCAAAGGCUUCGCUCAGAAGAAAGUCACACUACCGCCCGGUCGUCAUAAGCUUGUUAUUCUUGAUGAAGCGGACAGUAUGACAUCAGGUGCCCAACAAGCGCUGCGACGAACGAUGGAAAUCUACUCGUCAACGACCCGGUUUGCUUUUGCGUGCAACCAGUCCAACAAGAUCAUUGAGCCCAUUCAGUCUCGAUGCGCGAUCCUACGUUAUGCCCGGUUGACGGAUGCGCAAAUUGUCAAGCGCUUGAAGCAGGUGUGCGACGCCGAGAAAGUGGAACACAACGAAGAGGGUAUCGCCGCUUUGGUGUUCAGCGCUGAGGGAGACAUGCGUCAGGCCAUCAACAAUCUGCAAAGUACAUCCUCCGGAUUUGGCUUCGUCAGUGGGGACAAUGUCUUUAGAGUGGUCGACAGCCCGCAUCCGAUCAAAGUCCAGGCAAUGAUCAAGGCCUGCUGGGAAGGCAAGGUCGAUGCGGCCUUGGAGACACUCAAUGAACUGUGGGACUUGGGAUACUCCUCUCAUGAUAUCAUUAGCACCAUGUUUCGAGUCACUAAGACGAUCCCCACCCUAUCGGAACACUCGAAGCUUGAAUUUAUCCGGGAGAUCGGUUUUACACACAUGCGCAUCCUGGACGGUGUACAGUCACUGCUGCAGCUGAGUGGCUGCGUUGCGAAACUUUGCAAAGUCAACAUGAAGCCUCAGCUCUUUGAGCCGCCAAAGAACUAA